AUGACAUCCAAGUCCUAUCUUCUCGAGAACCCAUCAAGGUAUCCGGAGUUAUCCACCUUAUCCAUGAAUAUUUUCUACGCUCAAAAGAAUAAAGACAUAAAGCAAUGUAAAAGUAAUUGUCGAAAUAUCGAUGUCGAUAUUCUUUAUCCUACUUCAUAUCCUUUCAAUUGUAAUUCUUCGAAACAAUCAAACAGGGAUACAGACUCGAGAGAAUCCAUGUCGUUCAGCCCUGUGGAUACGCUAGCUCUAUCUGAGUAUUCAUCACAUGAUUUUUCCUCGCCAAUCAACAAGAUCAAUUCAAUGGCCAACCCAUCAUUCCCCUUUCUAUCUUUACCUAUCGAAAUCCGUUUGAAAAUCUAUCUUCUCCUCCUCCCACCUCGACAUCAUAAAAUCACAACACAAAUUCCACAUAAUGGAUACUACUUCCCACCCAAAUGUCUUCCUCUCUGCGCAGCCCAAUCAUUCUACCCCCUAUCUCCAGAGACCCCCGAAAAGCUCACCACUUACAAAGUCCUCUCGGCUAAUUCCCACACCGACCAUCCCAAUCCCAGCAUCCACACGCGCAUCCUAAGCGUCUGCACACAAACCAAAGAAGAAGCCGAAGAAGUGCUUUAUGGAAAUGGAAAUAGCAUCUGGGAUUUCGGUAUGCACAUCGAAGCGGUACAGCCUUUUUGGUCGGAUAGAAGUCAGGGGGCGCGGGGAUGGGUUCGAAAUUUGAAGAUUGCGAGGGAGGUUCCGGAGUUGUUGACUGCUAGUGUUAGUGCUAGUAUUGAUGUGGUAUGGGGAAAUUUUUGUGCAUUCAUCACGCGUGAAUUAUUGGGAUUGAAGAAUGUGGAUUUGACGGUUUGGGGAAAUCCGUGGAGGGAAGAAUUGCUGGAUAGUUCUGCAGUUGGCGAGAUGGGAGAGGCGAUAUCGAUAGAUGGGGAUGCUGUGGGGGAAGCACGCAGAUCGACAGUGACAUCGAGGGAGAUGUGGACUUUGCGUGAUUGGGAGUAUAUGAAGGAAUUACUUGCGCAUGAAGGGUUGGGGAGUGCGAAAGUGACGUGGUGGGGGUUUAGAGAGGGGGUGAAAAGUUCCUGGGCCAAGUGGAUGUUGGAGAGUCGAUCGUUGAUGGAGGAGAUGGUUAGGGAGGGUGAGGUGGUUCAGGGUGUGUUGGUUUGGAAUGGGGGUGGAGGUGGGAGUGGGAGUGGGAGUGGGAAUUGA